AGUGAGGGGAUACCGCUAUCGAACUACGGUCGCUUCAGCUCCGCGCGAAUGUGUCAGUAACAACUAGGAACCCGACGGAGAAGCGGCCCUACAAAACGCGGCAUCGAAACCAUUGCCCUGAUUACCCCUCUGGCGCGUGCUGCGGAAGCUGGGAGGAACGAAGAGAUCCGGAACUCUUAGGCUGCAGCCCGGUCCGUUUUUUUCUCGUCCCCGCUUCCUGUUAUUCUCUCGCCGGAGCAAUUGCUUGCGUCACGUCCCUGACUUCCAGAGAUAGGACAGUAGGGACACGUCUCCCUAAGCGGGUGGCGCUCCUUUGCGCUUCCCGUUCCGCCCCGAGGCGGUAGGCGGGGGACUCUGCUGCGCCUGCGCCGGGCGGGGAGUCACGUUGCGGGGGUCUGCCGGGCUGCUGCGCAGACUCGCGGGCUCGGAGUGUCGGCGUGGCGGUGUCGGUGGUCGGCAGUGCGCAUGCGUGGGCACGGCACGGCUCGAAUGGUGGUGGGGUCCGGGCGCGGAGCGGGCGGUGCGGGCCGCGGGCAGGACGGCGGAGCCAUGCCAGCGUCGGUGGCGUCGGUGAUCUCGCGCUUCCUGGAGGAGUACAUGAGCACCACGCCGCAGCGGCUGAAGCUCCUGGACGCCUACCUGCUCUACAUCCUGCUGACCGGAGCGCUGCAGUUCGGUUACUGUCUCCUUGUGGGGACCUUCCCCUUCAACUCCUUUCUUUCCGGCUUCAUCUCCUGUGUGGGGAGCUUCAUCCUGGCGGUCUGUCUGAGGAUACAGAUCAACCCACAGAACAAGGGAGAUUUCCAGGGUAUCUCCCCAGAACGAGCUUUUGCCGACUUUCUGUUCGCUAGCACCAUCCUGCACCUUGUUGUCAUGAACUUUGUGGGUUGAAUCCCCCCCAUUCACUGAAACCGGAGAAAUAAAGAACAAUGUUUUCACUUCGUGGUUUCUCGGAUAGAAAUGACAUCAGCUUGAGGACAAGCAGAUUUUCACACAUCAGACUUAAAACUUUUUGCAGACAUCAUUUUAUUUUGAAGUUCGAGGUGGGGAAAUACUAGGAAGAUUCUGUGCUAUUCUUCCUCUGAGCUCUGUAAUGAGCAUUUAACACCAUGACCUCUGCCAUCCCCUCACUGUAAUAACCUGUUUGCCUUCCAAAUAAAGUGCUUCUUUUUAGUCCUCC